CGCACUUGCGCGCUUCUGCAGAUUCAUUCCACAAAGACAGACAUGCACACGCAUUCUGUCUCUCUUUCCCUGACUCUGUCUUUCUACCUUGCACAACUACUGCCCUAUUAAACUUCAUUUGCAGAUGCCAAUAAUCUAAAACUAUCAUGGGGAGCGGGGACCAAAGAAAAAAAAGCACAGUAGAAAACAACUGAACCACUAAGUAGAUAUCAUUCUGCCUGAACGUACUGAACGUAGAGCUGCUGCAGAUAAACAUGGAAUCCAGCACUGGAGAAAUUGACAAGAAUGGAGAGGAACUCACAGGGAGGAAGAAGUCACGUUUUAAACAGCUGAAGACACGUCUUUUUGGGAAACUGAAGAAAAAGGAAAGUGAAGGCCUGAUGAAGCAAAGUCAGUCCGCCAGUGACAUCACAGCUCCAGAGGGUGGGAGGGAAGGAUAUGACUCUGAGGACGACUGUUUGUACCCACAGUGCCUGAGCACCAGGGCGAUGUCCCAUGAUAGCAUCUUUAUUACUGAUCAGACCCAGUCCACAGAACCAACACGGGUUUUUUCACAAGAGAACGUUCAUGGCAAAAUUAAGGCUUUGCAAUUAAAACUACAGCAACAGAACUUGCGUCUGGGCCCUCCUCCAAUGUCGAUCCCUGGUAAAUGCACAGAGGACUCGGGAGCAACUUCAGAGGACGAUGGUUUACCUUGCAGCCCACCUGAGAUGUCCUUCCAUGAGCGAGUGAUGCAUGGAGUAGUUUACAAGUAUCCAGAACCUCAGAAACAUCUGAGCUGUCUAAGUUUAGCAGGAACAGGUAGUGAAGAGGAGGAACAGGGUGAUCCUUUCCAGUCAUCAUCAAGGCCUUUAUCGCCAGUUUCUAAGCUGUCUCCUCAGCCAAUCAUCUCCCCCACCUCAGCUUUGUACACACCCUCUACAGGAGUUGACUUCAUUAGCCCUGUGUAUUACACACCAAGGUUGGAUAACUCGGCCGCUCGUCAUCGCAUGUUAAUCAAACCCAGGAACCAAAGAGCCAGUACAAAGGGCAAAAAAGUGCCAAUGGUAUCUCUCUCUCCCAAGCAUUACUCAGGAAGUCUCAAUGAUUUGAACAAUGUUCUGUCUGAAGAGGAUGAUGAUAUUGAAACCACGAUGUCCACAGAGACAAUGCACAAUCACUUGUGCUCUUCUCCAACUUUGACGUUAACUGAGAAACCUACCUCUCCAGAACCUCAAACAACUGCACCUGCAAACUCACUGCCGAUCCAAGAGGAGAUACUCACUUUAAUUGAUAUUCAUCCCCCAUUUACUGAUGUUGAAACCCUCAAGUCUCUUGAACCUGAGGAGAAGGUCACCGCCAACCCUCUCUGUUUGCAGCCGACACCCAUUGGAUUGACCACACUGUCUUCUGGCAGAGUAUCACCUUCAGAACUUUAUCUUGAAUCCAUGCAACCAUCAAGGGACAUGGAGCCAUUUAGAGCCCAUUCACCUAUCCAGAGAUAUGAGGCAGAGGAGAUCCAACCAUCAAGGGAAGUAGAUCCAUUAAGAGUCCAUUCACCAAUCCAGAGAUUUGUAACUAAAGAGAUCUUGAUUUUUGAUGAAAAAAGAUCUCAAGGAUCAAAUGAGAACAAAGGUGGGAUCCAAGCAGAAGCACUGUUCAAAGUACAACUUGUACCUGUGCCUCAAACCAAAAAAACAAAAAUGGAAAUAAGGAACCCUCCCUCUCCUAAAGGUGCCACAGAAGCCUCUCAGAAGCCUUGGGAAGUUGGAGUGGAAUCUUCUACACCAGAACUGGUUGGUAGGACUACAGCACCCUUUAAAGGAGUUGUUGGGCCCCCUUCUGCAAGAGAGGGUGAUGCCAAAUCACAGACACUUAACACUGGAGCAUUUCAGUUUUCCAUCGGACCUGCUAAAUAUCGCUCCAAAAUGACCAGUGAGACUGCGGCGAAGCAGGAUGAGGGAAAUUCGAAAGAUGUUCCAGGAAUCAAGAUGCAAUCCAACAAACCCAACCCAGAGCCUCUAAAGGACGAAGCAAGGGAGAUGAAACCAACAGAGUUGCAGCUCCUUCAUCAGUUGCAAGAGACAAAGAGCAGUAACCAUAGAGAAGUAAUAUCUCCUGUUAUGUCCAAACCAGCACUAGGAAACCAUCUUAAGAAGGCUGAGACCUCUACAGAGGAACCUGAAGACCGGAAGAGUGCUUUUGGGGUGCAGCUUCGCACCACCUCUGAGUCUCUGAGAUACCGCUCUGAGGUUUCCAAAAUUAUGGAUGAAACCAAGCGAUACAGUUUAGAGCCCAAUCAAAUGCUAGCAGCCUCAGAAGAGCAUGCUGGGAAAGCAGAUACCUCCAAAAAUAUGUUGGAUGGCAAUUCCAACAAAAAGCCCAGUGUUCCCGAAAAAAAAGAUUUACAGAAUCUGCACUCUCAGCUUGCUGCCACAGAUAAUGGAAGAUCUGCCCAAGACAUGUUGGGAAAAAGUAAAGAGGCUGGAUCUGAGCCAGGCUGGAUGAGUCUAGCAAGAGAGAAGACCAGGGCUUACCAGCCAUUCAUGAGCAGAUUAGCCACAAAUCAGUCACCGCAAGUCCACACUCCACCUCCAACAGUACCUACCUCGCAGCCUCCAACACCAACCUCACAGCCCAAAACACAGCCAGCAACCACCAUGUUUCUUCCAUUGAAAACACAGCACACACUAAACGCACCAAUUCAGACAGCCAACCAGCAAUCUUCACAAGUGACAACACCGAGAUCUCCCACUAAACCAACCCCAAGUGGAAUAAAUGACAAGCAAGUAUCAUCAGGUUGUAGGGCAGAGAACACAUUUAGCCCAUCAGCAGGUGGAGGAAAACUAAAUGACAUUAAGGAUAAAAGCAUCCCUGCAUUUAGGAUCAGUACAUCAGUAACUGAUGCAACAAAGAGAGCAGCAGUACCCAGUAAGAUGGAAGGGAAUACAAGCCCUGUCACACCCACCAACACAGAAUUACCAACUAUCACAUCUGAGCUUUCAUCAUCAUCAUCCUCAUCAUUAGACUCACAGCAGCAGGUUCGGUCUGAUGGAGCUCAGCCAUCUUGGAUGGAGCUUGCCAAAAGGAAGUCUUUAGCUUGGAGUGACAAAACAUUAGAAUUUAUUUGAAACAAGCAACCAGAGACAUUCAGAAAUGGAAUGUUGGAAUAGCGAAUGUUACAAUGAAUCAAUGUAAACAUUAUGUGUGUACAUAAUUGAUCGGUUGUAUGUGUGUGUGUGUGUGUGUGUGAGUGAGUGACUGAGUGAGAUUUGUAUUGUUGUUUUGCUGUUAGAUUGUUUUAAGUAUAGUGCAUUUGCAACAGACAAGGCUUUCCUUUAGCUUUAAAGAAUUACAAAAAAAAAUUUGAAAUAUAUUACACAUGGCUUUUGUUGUCUUUUACUGAUCAAGUUUUCCUAUAUAUUAAAUUAUAGAGUUCAUACCUGUAUGACCGUAGUUCAUUUUUACAGCAAUGAUAUGUUGUUAUGUAACAACAGAGGAAUGAAUUUAUGAUAGUGAUAAUAAACUACAUCACUUAACAGUUACAAAUAUAUAUCUGCCAUUAGCAGAGCAACUUAAUUGCUUUUUUAUGUUUAUUCCUGGUGAUGGUGAUCACCAGCUUAGUUCACUCCAAGGAUUCAUGAUGAUUACACUGCCCUCUGGUGGAUACAUUAUCUUAGCACACAAGCGUAGCAAAAAACCCUAACUAGCACACCACUGGGGCUAAAUUCGGAAACGUUAAAAUACUCACUGUGUCAAAAGUAUAGCCACAAUACAUAACCUAUAUGAGUGUUAACAUUAUUGUAGUGUUAUAAAAUCACAUACAAACCUUUUCUGAUUGAAGUUAUAUCCAAUUUUUACAACUUUGUUGCUAUGACAAUGUAACACUGUAAACCCUAAAAUGACCGUACAAACAACGAUUUAAACAACAUUACAGCUCAAAUAAUACAUGAGUUUUAAUGGAAGAAUUAAUGUAAGUGCUUUCAUAAAAUUAUAAGCUUUAGGGAUAGUUAACCCAAAAAUUUUAAUUCUCUCAUGAUUGAUUCACCCUCCUGGCAUCUCAGAUGUGUAUGACUUCCU